GAACUCUUGAAGUUUGUAUUUAUGAGUAUGAGGGUUAGGUUGUCUCCCGAUAGUUAUAUAUUUUUUUUAUUAUAGAUUUAUUUAUGCAUGUAUAGUCUAAUUAGUGCUCAAAUUGGAGAUAUACGGAAUCGUUCUCAAAAUAUUUAUUGAAAUGAAUUUCCUAGCUGAUAUUCUAGCCACAGCAGAUGCUGCCGAACUUGAAGAUCUCAACUUCCGGGUUCAAGUAUUCACAGAGGAGAUUUCCAACUUGAAGACAGAAGUUUUCAAUGUAAUCGAAGGUACCUAUGUAACUUGCAGACCGGUUCUGAUUGAUUGCUUAGAAAUGGUCCGAAAAGCGGAAACUAUGAACCAAGACUUGACUGAACUGAUAAAUAGGGUUGAAAUUCAGUUAAACCGCGAUCCAUCAAACACAAACAGUGACCUACCCGGAUUGAAGCAAGCUCUUGACGAACAACAUGCAGAUCUCCAUCAUAUCAACAGUCUGCUAUCAUUCCACACAAAUAUGAUAGAAGCCAAACGUCACGAACGGAAUGCUCUCCAUCUAGAAUGCAGUAAAAAGUAUCGCUGUCUGAAAGAGCAAAUCUCAAACGACAGCAAUUUGAAAUCAUUCGUCAACUAUCAGUGUUUGUGCGGGGAGUUGGAUCGUUUCCACUCGAGAGCUACAGUCCGUGUUUUGGACGAAUGGAAGCCGGUCAUCAGUUGGUCGGUGAUUGAUUCGGUGCUAGACAAACAGCAGAGCGAAAUCAGCUUAAAGAUUAGGAGUAGUACAAGUAACCAGCAGCUUAUCAACGCACUUCAUAACUUCGAUCUGUUGUCGUUGGAAGUGAAGAGGUUCUCAAAGAAACUGUUAAACAAUGUCCUUCUUCCAAUCAUCGAUAAAAGAUGUAAGAUACUGGUGACGUCUAGUGGUGAUAUAUUGAGGCUGUUCACAAUGACUCAAAGUCGACCGGUCGGAAGAGUUAAACCGUGCGCAGAUGUAUUGAAUGAACUGAUUGUUGCGAUCGAAUUCAUUCACAAUCAUUUGGAUGUUGCAAUUGGCGAGAGUGGUUCUCAGAUGAACCUGAUAACAGAGUUGGGUGCGGAGAUAGGUGAUGAGUUUUGUGACUAUUUGGUGGCCCACUGCUUGGAGGAGGCCCUGCCCGAAGAGAUUGCAGACUUGGAUCGGUUCGAUGCAAUAGUCGAGAAGCUGACUGAGCUGAAUGAGUUACUGCAUAAGAAAGGUUUUUUGACCACUGGCAACACCAAUUUGCAGUAUUACAAUGGUGUCGGCAACCCUCUGAUGACAGAUAGAAUCAGCCAAUGCUAUCUGAUGGAAGCUCUCAGUUUGAUGAAGGCGGAUUUGUUUGAUAUAAUGGAUGCUGGGGUGAAGGAUGAGGUGAACAAAGAAACAUUCUACGAUGAGAUCGCCACUGUAGAUCAACUGAAUGACAACUCUUUCGAAUUCCCCCAUUUGAAAAUAAGCAAAACAGCUGACAAGAUACUGCGAGUAAUCGAGCGGAUGCUGAUGGAAGCCACUUCUAAUAAUUGCUCUAAAAUGAUCACCAGAACUUUAUACCUAAGAACUAGGCAUAUUAUUAAAAUGUACUGCGCUGUUUCUCCGUUCUAUCAUAAGCAUGCAAUGGAAACUAACCCUCAGUAUGCUGCAUUCUUCCACAAUAAUUGUCAGUACAUGGCUCAUAGACUAACUCUGUUGGCAAAGGAAUACAAGGAACCAAUUUCCAAUAUUCUAGAUAAUGAGUUGGUCAUUAUGUGUGAUCUAGUGCCUGUUCUUACGUCAACGGGAGCCGAAACCCUUCGAAAUCAAUUGAUGACACAAAAACGAAAAAUAAUCGAUACACUUAGAAACUCUGGUCUUGUCACAUUGACGGAAAGUAAAAAGAUUCCUUCGAGUGUUGAAAAAUCCAUUUGCGAAGUCUGUAGUCAGCUGAGUUUUCUACAAAGUGUGUGGGAAAACGUUUUGAGUGAUGCUACUUAUUGUAGAGCGUUGGGUUAUUUGUGCAAUAUCUGCGUCGAGGAACUGACUCACAGAGUCUGCAGCUAUUGUAAUAUAGAUGAAACUACUGCUAAACAUCUAAUACACGUGUUCAAUAAAGUUGUUGAGAAACUGACUACUAUAUUUGAAGACCCUCAAGAAAUCGUGAAAAAUGUCAAGCUGUGGCUCAGAUUCAAUGAAAUUAUAAAAUUUCUCGGAGCAGACUUGAACAAAGUGGAAGCCCGAUGGGGAAAUGGAAAAGGACCUCUGGCGCAAGAAUUUAACGCCCAAGAAGUUAAAAAACUGAUUCGAGCUGCAUUUCUUGGAUCAGUGAAGCGGGCUACACUGUUAGCUGCUAUCAAAUAGUAGUUAGCUAGUGACGACAUUGCCUUAUCAUAUAGUAAUUUCUUAAAAAUUUGAAUUAUUAUAUAUUUUUUGUACAUUAAAUCAAGCAUGAGAAAUAAACAUGAGUAUCAGUUUA